CUAAAUUUUAAAAACUUCCGAAGUCCGACGAAAAUGCGUUAGAUUAUUUUAAUGUUUACGUGAAAUAGUAGAAUAAAAAUUGCUGAAAAUAUACUUUUGUUUAACAGCAAUACUUGGGUUUAAUUAUCGAUGCUAUAUGAUAAUUAUAUAAAAAGUUGAUUUAAACCUUUAGUCACAAAAUGUCAGUAAGUGCUAGCAACAAUAAUCCAGAGACAACUGUAAUGAACAGGCAAUCUUACAAAGUGGAGAAGAUUAUAGGCGUUCAUAUGGGAGAGGACAAUGAAACGUUUUAUAAAGUUCAGUGGGCUCCAACUUGGGAGCCUUUAGCAAAUCUACACGCUUGCACUCACCUUAUUGAUGAAUUUUGGAAAAGUCGAAAUCCUAAUUAUUUAGGAACACAUGCAGUGAAAGAUCAGGAGCUUCCAGGAUCUAAGCAAAUAUCCAUCAUAACCUUGGAAAAUGGUAUUCAGAAUUAUGAAAUGGGAGUUGAUUUACCAAUUCCAAUUAAAAUUGCAAAAAAUUUAUCAAAAAAAAGUUCCAUUCACAAGCAUCCUAUAAAGCAUAUCUCAAAAAUUGUUACGAAAAAAGAUACCAAAAAGUCAUCUAGCUAUAAAAUGAAGCUUAGAAUGCCUCAAGUUUCAACAAAAGAAAUUGAUAUAAACUCUGUAGGAGAUUGUUCUUAUACAAAAGAGUCCAAUAAUCUUGUUAGUCCAAGUACAGUGAUACCUAACAACUUGUUAAUGCCUAGUGAGUUACAAAGUAUAGCUCAAAACCUUGCUUCUAAAAGUAAAAGUUCAACUCCUAAUGAAAAAGACCUAAAUCAUCACUUACUUUCGAAUCAAGUUUUAUUACCAAAUGAUAUGCAUUUGUUAAAAGGAUUGAAAUUAAUGGAAAACAAUGAAGCAACUUCAAUAAAAAAAUUAGAAAAUUGCUUUGCAUCACCAAGUUCUGCAUUUGUUGCGGUAAGUAUGUCAUCUACUUCUAGUAGAAAUGGUUCUGAAGCUUCAACAAUGUGUGAAUCAGAGGGGUUUAAAUGUUGCAAUUCAGAAUUGCAUAAUAAAUUUAUACAGGAUGAAGAAAAUUGCAAGAAAGUGAUUAAUUGUCAAGAAAGUAAUAGAGUUUCAACUGUAACAGAAAAAUGCUUUUACCCAAACUUUUCAUUUUCAAAACAAUCGUUUUCUGAAGCAAGUUCGGCUCAUUCUGAGUCAUUAUCGCCUUCAAAUAACUUUGAGACUGUUUUCAAUGGUUGCCCAGGAUCUGCAUCUUCCUCUUCAAUUAGUUUUGGCAGUCUACCAGGCAGUUCUUUAAAUGAACCUGUCCAGAACUUUUUAUCGGGCAGCCAUGCUAGUUUUAGCGAGCAUGGCAGUAUUUUGAAUGAUGCAAAACAGUUUGACAGUUACGCUGAACAUUUUAAAUCUCCUAAAUCAUUUAAAAAAGUUGUGAAAUGUCCUUUUUGUAUAAAUGUUGCCUAUGUAGUGGAUGAUGAGGAAGGUUUGACCUCUUUCAAUAACCAUCUUACCAAAAAACAUGCUUCAGAGGAAAAUAUAUCCGGUCUAGAAGAUUAUGUCAAAUGUCCUAUGUGUGUAAAACACUAUAAAAGUUUACGAUCUUGUUAUACGCAUUUGAAUUUCGCGCACGCUAUUCCUGCAGUUGGAAGUUCUUUGCAAUCAAGUGACGAAAAUAAAUGCAACAGCAACGAGCAAUCAAAUAAAAGUUGGAAAGUAGCACAUAAAGAAACGGCAAGUUCAAAAGAACUUGAGCCUGUUCUAUCUCUUGAUCCUAUUAUUCCAAUUAGCAACACAUCUCGUGUUGACCUGAUCACUCAAGACGUUUUACGAAAACCGUCUACUUCGUUGGGAAGUUUUCCGCCCACGAGUUCUUUACAACAAUCCGUGCCUAUCGACAGGAGAAAAAAGCCUUAUCCAAAAAAGUGUCCUCAUUGUAACUUAGUUGUUUCAUGUAGGAAAGAACACUCAGAGCAUUUGCGUAUUUUUCAUAAGAAAACUCCACUUAUAUCCAACGACACAAUCAAGACCAAGAAAAGAUUUUUUUGCAACAUUUGCGGAUUGCCACAUUCCUCAAAGGCAUCAUUAAAGCGUCAUAGUAGAAUUAAUCAUGAAAACUCGUUUCCUUGCAGCUCAUUAAUUGAAGAAACGUUUAAGUGCCCUUUAUGUCCUGAAGAACGAAGAACAUAUCAUCAUCUUUUGGUACAUUUACAAACUAGACACUCAAAGUGGUCGCCCUUAAAAACUACAAAGAAACCCCGAAAAGAACUUAAGAGCAGCAUGACAGCAUUGCAACAACGCGCUAUUAAAACCAAGUUGCGUUGUUGCAAAUUAUGUCGUAAACGUUUCACCAACAGAUUUGCCCUUUCAAGACAUUACGCGUUGUGCCAUAAAAAUAUGUCCAAAAAAUUUGAAAACCCGAAAAAUUCUUUUCGAAUUUUAUCUAAUAGACCUAAAGUGGAAAAGGUUAAUAAAUCCGAUAAGUUUGUUUGCGAUAAAUGCCCAAGUGUUUUCACUGACAGAACUUCUUUUGUGUUUCACAAACGCAACCAUAGGUCGGAUUACAGUGAAAUUGGUUUUGAAUGUCUUAUUUGUGGAUGGAAAACUAAAUGGAAGACUACUAUUGCAAGUCACGUUCGAAAUAAUCAUCCUGAUGAUGACGAAAAAUCUUUCGUAAAUUUAAAAGAUAAAGAAUGUACGCUAAACCUUACUUCAACCUAACAUUUGUAAACAAUAUAUUUGAUUAUAAUGUCGUGCGUGAAAUUAAUAAAACUUUAGACUAAAGUGACAAAUUGGUCAAACUAAAAUACUUUAACCAAUAUCAAAACAUUUCUUUCUUUUUAGGUUAAAAUUUAAACCUUUUUUCUCUAUUUGUAUGUAUACAUUGAAAAUAUUAGUUGCGGUAUGCAGAAGUUAAAGCAGGGAAAAAUUUUACAACGUUAAAAAUUUUUUUAUUACCUCCACCAUUAUUUUACAUCACUAGUAAAGGACAAAGAAGUGAUUUUUUUGUCAUUUUUCCUAUAACCGAACGUACUUGCAAUGCAAAAUCUUAACCAGCAAUGCAAAAUCUUAACCAGCAAUGCAAGCGCAAAUUCAUUAAGAUAUUGCAUUAUCAUUGCAUUAUGAAAAAAUAAUAUUUUUAACCCCCUUAUUUCUUUCCUUGCAAAAACUUCUGCGGACGCUCAAGGUAUCUAAUUUAGGCAUUUCUUAGCUAAUGCAAUUGAAUAUUUACGUCAUUUUUAUUUUUUCUUCAUUUAGGUGUUGUGAUUUUUUUUUGUUUGUAUGUUUUUUGUUUUCAAAUUGAUUUUAAAAUAAUUUUAACGUAUUUGAUCAGUUUUAUAGAUUAUUUUUACUGUAUUGUAUGACAACAAAAUUUCACAAGUAUGCCAUUUGAUUUAAAGUUUAUCUCUGUUAUAAAA